CUCACAUGUGAAGGCCUGUUAGAAGCUAAAAAGUUAGGAGAUGGUAGAAUCGGAGCAUAUUGGUCAAAAACUGUAGGAAAAUGCAAUAGUGGGCUAGCCGAAGAAUCAAAAUGCGAAGGAGUUGUUGAAGGAGGGCAUGCACAACUUUCAGCAAAUGGAAACUCAUAUUCAAAAAUCCAUGGAAUUGAUAAAGAUGGUCCAGCAACAGCAACACAACCAACAGGUUUGAAGCCAAUGUUAUGGCGAUGCUCAGGCUUUGGCUUGGGAGAGGGACAUCGUCUAGCAACAUAG